GGUAUUAUAGAGCAAUAUCUUGUACGGUCAUACUAAGGCACCAGUACGCCAAAACCGAAAUUUUCUUUCUUUACUCAAUUUUCAUCGAGCUAAGUUGCGAAAAUUUUCUCAAGUCACAGUGAAAAGUGUACAUUGUUUAAAACCUGGCCAAGGGCUAAAAGUAGCGAAAGCGGUAGCGAACACACGCAUGUCGCUGCCUCCCGAGGACACCGAUUUGUCCACAAAUUCCGCAUACGAAUCCGCACUCCAAAUCGCGAGCAAUGUGUCGGCAGCACGAGUAGUCGGUUCGGCAGUAGGACAGCGAUUUUCGCCGUCGCCAGCAGCUCACCCGAACGUGAUUGAGCGCGUCGCGUCUCAUGUGGACUCACGCCGCAGCACGUUUCCAAGUUGGGGUAAUCCGUCAGUAGCGCCAAGAGGAUCGGAAGAAGCAGCAGCCAACGCCACAGCAACACAACUCCUAUGGGCGGAGAACCAAGGUCUCCCGACAUCGCACUUAUUGCCAACUGAACAGGCAUUCGAGACAUUGAACACUAAUGCGUAUUGUUCCCCGCCAGGGGAUUCACGAUUUACGUUCCCUAGCCAGAACUACUCGCCGCUGCUGCCGCGGUGUGUCCCAGUUCCGAAUCAGCGUUACUCUCCAGAUGGAUCGCCAAUACAUCAACUCCAUGAGCUGCAAAAUUGUCCAUUGAUAGAUUCGCCGAUAAGACUGCGAUUUCCAUCCCCCUUGCCAGAACCACCAUCACUACCGACCAUCACCCUUACAGUUGAUGCCCUGAUCGAUCUUGACCAAAACAACCAGGUCGCAUAUUAUGUCCAGCAGUACAACAAUCAGCCAGUCCUAUAUCAACAAAACAUUCAUAUAGGAACGGGAAUCCAACUAUGCGAUCAGGCCUCCGAGAAUAAUCAACCGAUUAUAUUACAUAUCGUGGAGCACAAUCCCCAGACUAUAACUGAGAGCCAGGAGCAAUUCCACCAGGUUGUCCCCGAAAUUCAAAUCAAUAAUAUCCAGGAGCAAGAUCAGAAAUUUGAAAAUGGCAUCUCGGAACAAAAUCAUCCGAUUGCAACUGAGGCUCAGGAUCAGACUUUAACUGAGAUCCGGGAUGAAAACCAGAUUGUCCUUGCAGUCCAAGAAAAAAAUCUCACGCGUGCCUCUGAGAUUCAGGACCAGAACCAACAGACAUUAACCGAGAUCCCAGAGAAAUGUCUUCAGAUUGCAUCUCCUGUCACUACUGAUAUACAGGUACAAAGUCCUCAGGUUGUAAUAGAGAUCCAGGAGCAAAAUCACCAGUCUGUAACGGAGAUCCAGGAGGAAGUUCACCAGACUGCCCCCGAAAUCCAAGUGAACGUUUUCCAGACCUCGUCUGAUAUUCAAGGGCAAAAUCACCAGAUUGUAACUGAAGAGCAAAAUCAUCAGACUAUAACCGAGACCCAGGAGGAUUACUCGGCUGUCUCCGAAAUCCAAUGGGAAAAUCUCUCGUUUUCUGCUGAGAUUCAGGAGCAAAACCAGCAGAUCGUAACCGAAGUUACGAAGCUUGCAUCUCCUUCUGUUACUGAUAUACAGGCACAAAGUCCUCAGUCCGUAAUCGAGAUCCAGGAUGACGAUGAUGAAGAUCUAAAGUUCGAAUCUGAUGAUCUGCACACUAUACCUGAAAUCCAGGAGAAAAACCAACAAAGUCCUCAGUUCGUAAUCGAGAUCCAUUAUGAUAAUGAAGAUCUAAAGUUCGCAUCUGAUAAUCAGGAGCAAGAUCAACAAACAGCCGAGCUCCAAAAGGAAAGGUUCCAGUUCGCAUCUGAAAUCGAGAAGCGAGAUCUGCAGAUUGUUACUGACACUCACAAACAAAAUUAUCACAAUGUAACCGACAUCCCGUUCGCAACAUACAUCCAGGAGGAAAACGAGCAGUUAACACCGGAAGACCAAGAGGAAGAUCAACAUUACCUGAAUUUUGAGGGGAACCAACAAUUCCAGCUCCAGAAGCAAGAUCAGCUGAGUGUACCACAGAUCCAGAAGCAAACCCACCAGUUCGAAUCUAAGGUCAAAAAGAGAAAGUUGCAGCCCUUUUCUGAAUACCAGCAGAAAGGUCAGAAAGAUCAUAUCCAAGAGAGGCAGUAUAUUCAGCAGGAAUUCACCAUCCACUCUAACCAGGCUUAUUCUAAGGUCCAGUAUAUACAAACUAUACAAACUGCGACUCCGUACGUACCUCAAUUGGAAAUAUCCCAGGAAAACAGUUUUGAGGUUCAACCAGCAUACGAGGUAAACGAAGGCCAACGGGACAGAGAACUGGUUAGUUACACAGGCCACGAGCAUCAGAACUUUGUUGAUGAGGUCUCGACACCAUUACCGCCCGCUGAAGCUCAACCAGGAUCUACUUCAGAAGAUAUAUCAGACCCCGUUUCACCUGAACAUUGGGAGCAGCUAGAGUCACUCGAUCCGAGCACUAUUUGUAUUCGCAAAACCUUCAAUCUAAUUCGCGAUAUCUCUGAAAGUCUGGUGGCCGAUCCAGAGCAACCCGAAGCCGAAGCCCACCGGAAGUCAAUUUUCCUUCUCCGCCAGAAGCUAGCCGAUGUGUGCCAUAAGGUUCUAACCGAAAUUAUACACGGCCGGGCCACCGAUGAGAUCAUCUCCAUUCUGAGAGAGAUUCUCGAGCAAACUAAGGAAAUACCUCCACGCCCCACGCCGAAAAGAGACCUCCAAGAAGACAUUUCGAUGGGCUUAGAAAUAUUAAAAAAGAUCCGUGGUAUGCUAUCCGGUUGGUAUUCUUCCAGAGAAAGCGAAACGGACUCCACGGAUACCGGAACGGGAUUCCAGGCUCAAAACGGAAAAGGUUUUGGUGCCGGCCGCCAGCCGGAAAAUAGUUUUUUAUCCCAGAAAAGACGCAACCAAGAAGAGAACCCUCGUCUGAUCAAGUACCGGCGUGUGGACAACAGCUUUCCCCGCUUGAUAACGAAUGAGACGGCCGAGGACCUGAUUCCCAACAAUUCGAUGGCCAAGCGGGAUCAGCCCCAGAGCUCAAAGCGGCUCUCAAUAUUUAAUCCGCCGGUAUACACGCAGCACCGAGUGCGCAAUGAUGCCCCCCACGUACCUACGCCAUUUGACGAUGAGGAGUCGUCACAGAGACUUGCUAACGCGGGCCCAUCAUCCAGGCCCAUGACUUACUCGGAUGCGGUGCGUCUAGGCCAUAAUGGCAUCUCCGAGUCGCGCGUAAAUGGGCACUCCAGCCAUACGGUGCGCAGAGAACCGUCUCGGCUGCACAGAAGCAUUCUGUCCCACGAGAUGAACUGCAAGGAUCAAGAGCAGUAUAACGAACUUAUCCGUACCCAAACAAAUUACGUGGGCAGUCGCUACCUCAAGCCGGGUACCCCGCCAACGUUUCAGCGGGCUAAAGCCCAGUCGGCAACCAGUAGCAGCUGCUCACUGCAAGACAACCAAUCGAAUAUAACAGAUUCGUUCCCGUCGCCACAUGGCCGUGCGAACCCUGAGCUAACGGAGUACGCCAAAUUGAUCAACCGCCAGGAGAAUGAGGAGAACAGGUCUCCGGCACCACAGCAGCCAAAGCGAAACGCUAGCAAUAGCUCUGCCAGCCAUGCGUCCACUAUUUCCAGCAGCGCAUCUUCCUCCUGCAGCACUUGUUCAACUUGCUCAUCUUCUGACACUGAGCCAAUGUUGGUUAAAGAUAGCCCGGAGGUCAAGGAAGCCAACGAAGCCAACGAGGCCAACGAAGCCAACGAAGCCAACGAAACCAAGGAAAAUGACGCACCUCAACCUACAACUACCAGAAUCAAGAAACCAGACUUCUUGCACCGUCGCUUUGCCAACUGUAUCUUUCUAAGGAAUGACUUUGCGGAAAAUUUCAAAGCAAGAGCGAAUCGCCGGCAACUUGAAUCCAUGCAUCUUCUUGGAAUAGCUGAACAGCAGGCUAAUGAAAGCAAAGAUGAACGCCUUGCCUAUGAAAAAAAGCUGCGGGAAGUCAUGUUCCGGUCUGGUGCUCCCCACCGGCCCUUUUUUGAAAUCGGGCCCCUGGAACAGCCGGAAGAGAAGAAAGAGACCAAGCUCAUUCCGCUAACAAAGGAGGACCACGCUCGCUUUCAAGAAAUGACAACUAUUGAGGUUACGACGAACUUAAUUUUCAAAUAUAACCUACAAAUAACUACCGACGACAUAUUCACGUUUGUUGAUGGCGAAUGGCUUAACGACGCGAUCAUCAACUUUUACAUGUCCAUGCUGACGGAACGCUCGGAGAAGCGAGCUGGCGAACUUCCCGCCACUUACGCCAUGAACACAUUCUUCAUGCCCCGUCUCCUGCAAGCUGGGUAUGCAGGCGUUAGGCGCUGGACUCGCAAAGUGGACUUGUUCAGCAAGGACAUAAUACCGGUGCCAGUGCACUGCGGCAACGUCCACUGGUGCAUGGCCAUCAUACACUUGCGUAACAAGACAAUCUUCUAUUACGACUCAAUGGGAAGACCAAACCAACCGGCGCUUGAUGCUCUAGUUAAAUAUCUGCACGAAGAGUCACUAGACAAGCGCAAACAGCCGUUUGAUAUGACCGGUUUCGUUGUCGAGAACGCGCAGAAUAUACCACGUCAAGGGAAUAGCAGCGAUUGCGGUGUCUUCAGCUGCAUGUUCGCCGAGUAUAUAACGCGUGAUGUUCCGAUUACCUUCUCCCAGGCGGAAAUGUUGUACUUCCGCACGAAGAUGGCCCUGGAAAUCGCCGACGGAAAGUUGUGGCAGUAGGGGUUCAAGCACAAAACUACGCAAAAAUGGAGAAUUCAGUUCUUUACUUAUUUUUACAAAUCUUACGUAAACACUCCAAGCAUGAAUUCGCGACAAGUACUUAGCCAUCGAACGAACUCGUUUAUUCGAUAGAAUCGAGAUGGCUGAGACCCCUGCUGGUGCAUUAACUUGUUCUCAUAUCUGAUUGUAAAAGAGAAUCUAUUUCUUCAAUAAAAUGUCACCAAGUAAAAGCGAUGCGAAUAAGGAUGUAUUAAUCGCCGAAUAUCUUCAAGUUUAUAAUUAAUAUUUAGAAUACAGCAAGCUAUGAAUAUGUACUAAUGUAAUGUAAUGUACUGCUCUAAUCCUAACUCUAAACUAGGAAUUACUGGAUUUCAUAUUUUUUUCUUACAUUGUCUUUUCUGUUUCAUAUCGUUAAGUUGAAAAGAUCAGAGCCGCUGAUAAUUGAAAAUCAUACUAAUACUCCAGUUUAUUUUUGAAUUUAUCGGUUUUUUUUUUUUUAAAGAAAAUGUCGCUAUAUUCCUAUAAAUUAGAUAAUAUUAAUAAGGAAUCAAUCUUAAUUUAGUAUUUUUGAAAAUGUAGCUUAUUCAAGCAAAUACUUAUUAUACAAAUAUAGGUAAAUGUGGGUUAAUGGUAUUAGUUUUGUUUUUGUAAAGAUUUUCUCUAACCCUUAGGAAGUAGUACACCUUUCAUAACCUAAGGUACAUAAUGUAAUAUAAUUUAUUUUUGCAGAGCGAACUAAACAGAAAUAUAUAUUAAACAAAAAAUAUAU